AUGUUCCUCCAGAUCACUCCCAAGGACGAUGUUUCCCUGUUUGACCACACGUCUGGCGCCGCUCCCGCACCUACUGCUACUACGGACAGCACUGCUCGCUCACAGUGGCAGACCGGGUGCUCCCCCGUCCCCCUCCUCCCCUCCAUUGCAUCUACUGCUGCUGUCGACUACCUCGGUGCUGAGGGGGUCGGGGCUGCGUCUGCUCCAAAUGGGAGGCGCAAGGGCGGCAGGGGCAAGGGGGGCAAGGGUGGCGGUGGUGGCGGCAGGGGCGGCGGUGGAAGAGGGGGUGGAGGCGGCGGGGGUGGUGGCGGUGGUGGGAGUGGUGCUGGUGGUGGGAGGGUCAGUGGCGGAGCCGGGGGUGGUGGAGGCGGCGGUGGUGGGGGUGGCGGGGGUGGUGGUGGCAGUGGUGGCGGCAAUGGAGCCGGUGGCGGGCGCGGUGGAGCGGUGCAGCGUGGGGGGAUUGGAGGUGGCCAGAGGCAGCACUAG